AUGCAGUCGAAGCGCCACAUCGUUCAAGAUUCGCAGAGUGCGGCUUCCUCAAGAGCGAAAGCGCUUCGCUGUUCAAGUUUGGCCUUGCUCCAGCCGAAUACUUUCUUCUACAUGGUUCAAGAAGAAUACUAUUCGGUUGCUAGAGCGUUGCGCUCCGUACUCGCGAGCGGCACGCUUGACGGAGCGCGCGACUUUCGUUUUCGCUAUGGCGAGAGCGCGCUCAGCGUUUGGUACGUGCCGAUCCUGACUUGCGUUCUAUACUAUGUUUUUCAGAGAGGAAUACAACAAUAUAUGAAAGAAAGGACUGCUCCAAAGCUGAAACAGCUUUUGUUUGUCUAUAAUAUGACGAUGAGUUUCGGCUCGGCUGCUCUUUUUGCGGCUCUUACCAAACUGCUGUGGUCUCGUUGGCAGUCGCUCUCCUUCCACGAUAUGAUAUGCUCGAAGCAGAUGCACGAGGACGGUAGAGUGCAGCUUCUGUACUGGAUGAACUACUUCUUUAAGUAUAUUGAGCUAGCUGAUACGCUUUUUCUCGCAAUUAGAAAGCGCAAAAUAAUAUUCCUGCACUCGUACCAUCAUGCUGCGACGCUGGUGCUGUGCUGGUCUCAGCUAGUGGAGCACUCCGCUGUUCAGUGGGUCGUCAUUGAUCUGAAUUUAUUUGUGCACAUCAUCAUGUACUACUACUAUGCGGUAUCUGCGCUUGGAAUCAAGCCCUGGUGGCGACGUUAUCUGACCAAACUGCAAAUAUCUCAGUUCGUGAUCGACUUGACUGCCUGCGGCUACGCAUACGGCUACUAUGUGGUCUACGGUUGGGGGUCCUGUUACGGAACCGUCACGGGGGCUUACAUGGGGAUCGGAAUUCUCUUUUCGUAUCUCCUGCUUUUCAUCAAAUUCUAUAUUGAGACAUACAAAGGAUCGAAGUCAGCCACGAAACUGAAGGUUUGA